UUAAAGGUUAAGUUGAUCUAAACUAGAAUAAUUGUAAAACCAUUCUAUUUCCACUUCCCUGACUGUGUUAACAUUUAAUUUGCUCGUUGAUUUUAUCUUAAAUUUAGCUACUAUACAAUGAGGCCUUCAAAAAAGAACUCCACUCAACUAGUCAAAAAUAAAAAGAAAGGAACUGAUGGUGCAGAAUCUAUCACAGAGGGGACGAGCGAGUACAUUUACAAAUUGACCUCGGAUAUUCAAGCUAUAGAAGACAAAUUAUCAAAAGUAGAGGGCGUUCUUUCCAAAAAACUUGAUAAUGCUUCGACUUCACAAAGACCUCAGGUCAAUAGUGUAUCAUUUAAGACUGACCCACUUAAGGAACAAAAGGUUUAUAAUGCAUCAGAUUAUGUCGACGAUGUCAAUAUGGUGACGGGAUAUCCGCCAUUUUAUGAUAGAAAUUCUUAUUCUUUGGAAUUACAUAACCGGAUCAUUAAGCCGCUUAAAAGUUCAGAACCUCUUCCUCAGCAGUAUCCAAUAGACUUUGAUCCAAAGGCUGCGGUAUCCGCAAUUCGUAGCGAGCUUGAACAAUGGAGGAAAGAUAACAGGCAAACAUAUCCGACAUUAUCCAGUGUUUCAAUCUUAAGAAAUGAAGCUUCCAGUUGUGAUCUUGUAACUUCCAUCUCUGAAGAAAAUACUGUGUCUCGAGAUGUGGCUGAAAAAGAUAUACCAUCAUCAUCAGAAGAUUCAAGGAUAGCCCCCUUACAAUUAGCCUCAUAGCUGACAAAUAAUUUAUAAAGUAUUUCUAAUUGUGGUUAAAUGGAUGACUGUUGUGAACAAUGAAGAGAAGAAUAGUUGGGGUGAUCAGUCAAAUAAGAAGGCAAAAAUAAAUGAUAUAUUUAUUUUGACAUUUGCCGACGUUUCGACCUGAAGUUCAGGCCAUCGUCAGGGCUAAGAAAAGUACCAGAUAAUAAGGUAUGAGAAACAAAAGUAGUGUAGGUAAAAAAAUUAAAGUAAAAUGCAGUUGUUAGAAUAAUGACAAUAGUAAGAACUAAGAGAUAAAUAAUAAUAAGCGGUACAAAGUGUGGAAAGAUGAAGUAAACAUAAUCAAAAAGGGUGACAUAAGUAUUAAAAUGGGAAUCUUAGAAUAAACGUAAAACAGAAAAAAAGAAAUAUGAAGUUAUAUAAGAAAUGGAAAUAAAUAGUAAAAUUAAAAUAUUGCGAUCUUAAUCAAAUAAUAUCUUAUUUGACUGAUCACUCCAACUAUUCUUCUCUUCAUUAUAAAGUAUUUCAUUUGAAUGAAUAAUUACAAAACAAAAGAAUCAAAAUUCUACCUAAAAAUUAUUUUAAAAAAAAGGAAUAUAUCUUUUCACAUACAUAUUCUUUUAUACAUAAUCUCAUAAUAAUAUAACUGAAAAUAAUUUAAAUCUAAGUUCUAACUUUUUACGUAACCCACAUUGAAUCUUUCCUAGUAUAGUAGGUGUUAUAAUAUAAAAUCUGUACCGCUACAAACCAUGAAGGAUCUUGGGUUCAGUACUAUUUAGGGAAAGUACUGUUUCUUAGUCAACGGUUGUGCGAGGAGGUGAUUCGACUGAGAUCACGCUCAGCCGCUAGGUUUUCUCCCUUAAUUAUUAUUAAAUCCCUUAAUUAUUAAUUAUUUUAUUUAGGGUGCCCACUUUAUAGAGACUGGGUAUGCCCCAAGAGGAUCUCCUGACCCCACGAUAG